UAUUUGCCGUUGAAAUGAUCCUCAAAAUUAUCGCCGAGGGACCCUUCAAAUACAUUUCCAACGGAUUUAAUGUUUUCGAUGGCGUGAUCGUUAUACUAAGUGCAUUUGAAUUAGCGCAGAGUUUAGGAAACGAAAGAGAUUUAGCUGGCAGUUCUGGCCUCUCUGUCUUGCGGACUUUUCGACUACUGCGUAUUUUAAAACUAGUAAGGUUCAUGCCAAACCUACGACGCCAAUUGUUCGUCAUGCUACGCACUAUGGAUAAUGUAGCCGUAUUCUUCUCGCUACUUGUACUUUUCAUCUUUAUUUUCAGUAUUCUGGGCAUGUAUCUAUUCGGUGGUAAGUUUUGCAAGUAUGUGGAAGACAAUGGCACCGAGCGCGACUGUACGUGCCCUGAAAUCAUCUCCCACCACCCCAAGUGUGAGUGCGACAGAAAACAUUUUAAUAACAUCCUCUGGGCUACCGUCACCGUCUUCCAGGUUUUGACUCAGGAAGAUUGGAAUGUUGUAUUGUUUAAUGGUAUGGAAAAGACGAGCCACUGGGCUGCAUUAUAUUUUGUGGCAUUGAUGACCUUCGGCAAUUACGUUCUGUUCAAUUUGCUAGUAGCCAUUCUAGUUGAAGGAUUUAGUUCUGAGCGAAACGAGAGAAGGGAACGCGAGCAACGCGAACUGGCUAAGUCAAAACUAUCCAGUGAAUGCUUCUCAGACAACAAUGAGGUCCAAUAUGACGAUUCCAAUUCUGGGUCGCAUUCCAGUGACAGCUUUUCUCAGAAUGAAAUAAAAAACUACUGGCGGUCAGCAGACGACGUACGGAAAGCCAAAGACAACGUAAACGGGCAAAAGGAUAAAACUAAGUCGCGUCGCAAACCAAAAUCAUCCACUCACCACCCCACGCUCUGCAAAGACUGUGCGCAAUCCAAUAAAUGUAACAUUCAAAAGGAGUCAAAAAUGCUGGCAAGUGGAGCAGUACCCAGUGAUACUACAGUAGUUCCUAUGAUUACUCACACCGCAGCCACACCACAAGACUCUCCAUCCACUACCUUAGAACCAGGAGCGUCUUUCAAAGAUUUCAACCUUGCUUUAACUUUAGAACGGUCGUCUAUGGUUUCCAGUUUAGAUUCUAUCGACCGGACCUCUUGCACCAGCAUACCGGGUCUUCUAAAACCACCGAAUAGUUACACUUUAACACUCCAUUCAGCAGCGGCGCAAUUAGGUUCAGAAAAAGCUCGUCUUCCACCGAUGACUCUAGCUCCACCACCACUAACUUUAGCGCCUCCACCUCUCAGAUCAGCAUCUCCGGGAUCUACAUCACCUAGCACCCCAAAGUCUAUAGCUUCACCUCUACUGCCAGAAAAGAAUCUCCAAAUUACAAUAAUGAAAGACGAUAAUUGUUUGAACACCAGCGAUAAAUCAAGUCUUCUCAGUUCCCAGAAGAGUUUAAGCGCCUCUAGUGCAGGAAUGAGCGGGGAUGAGAAGUGUCGCGUGCAACGCGGCUACAGCUGGAGAUUAUCGCGACCUAGUCUACGCCGCAAACCGAAACAGCGCACGGGCUCCGAUUCUGACGCUAUCGUACUCAACAACGGGAGGGAUCAUGCCACAUGUAACGGUUCAGGACUAAGGAAAAACGAGUUGCUACUAUCAUCUUCAAUAGUCAUAAAGAAUGAUACCCAAUCGGAGUUCCCGAACAACCGGUUUAAAUCUCAACUGCCUGCGCCAAGAGUAUUGGCCCCACCAGCAAGACGAGUAUCCGCCCAUACCGCUCCACUGCUGCCUGAUGUUUCAUGGAAAGCGCCCGAGCCGGGCUUCUCAGCAGACUCGACUAUUCGACUGGAUUCCGUCAAACCACCACCGCACAGACUUUCACUCACAAACGAGUAUUUAACCGUAACAUCGGUGUCAGAAGUGAAGGCAAGCAACCUCGUACCAUCAGCGCCGUUAGCACCACGAUCAUCACGCACUGAGGCUCCAGCAUUACCUCCCCGGACUAACCAACCCUUACCGCAAAUCAAGCAAAUUAAUGAAGAAGUGACAAUCAAUAACAAUGUCUGUAUACUAUCGGGAAGGUUUGAAAGAAGGAGAUUUAAGGUGAAAGAUCUCUUUCGCUUCAUGGAACCAACAGGAUGCCUCAAGGAAAAAGAAGACUAUUCGCUUUAUAUUUUUUCUCCUAACAAUAAGAUGAGGCGUUUCUGCACGUGGAUGGUAACGAGGGGCUGGUUCGAUAACAUAGUACUAUUAUUUAUCGCACUCAAUUGUAUAACACUGGCAAUGGAGAGGCCCAACAUUCCUCCCGACUCUAAGGAGAGGGCCUUCCUCUCCAGCGCUAACUACGUGUUCACCGUCGUGUUCGCCGUCGAAAUGUUCAUUAAGGUUGUGGCUUCGGGAAUGUUUUAUGGCACUGAGGCAUACUUCACAUCAGGGUGGAACAUUAUGGAUGGUUCUCUAGUUAUAAUUUCCAUCAUCGAUCUACUAAUGUCUCUGGUCUCAGAGUCUAGUCCAAGAAUAUUUGGAAUUCUCAGGGUAUUUAGGCUAUUAAGGUCACUACGACCGCUAAGGGUUAUAAAUCGAGCGCCCGGUUUGAAACUCGUAGUUCAAACUUUACUGUCUUCAUUAAGACCGAUAGGAAAUAUUGUUUUGAUAUGCUGCACUUUCUUUAUAAUAUUUGGGAUUUUGGGAGUACAAUUAUUCAAAGGAGCGUUUUACUAUUGCGAAGGUGCUCAUAUAAAGAAUGUGAAAAACAAAACCGAUUGUCUCGCGAUCGAGGGUAACGUGUGGGUAAACCGUAAAUACAACUUCGACGAUCUGGGCAAAGCUCUUAUGUCGCUCUUUGUGCUCAGCUCCAGAGACGGAUGGGUCAAUAUCAUGUAUACUGGUCUUGAUGCAGUCGGCGUCGAUCAACAGCCCAUCGUAAACUACUCAGAAUGGCGUCUGCUAUAUUUCAUAGCGUUCAUACUACUGGUUGGUUUUUUUGUACUGAACAUGUUCGUCGGCGUUGUGGUGGAGAACUUCCACCGUUGUAGGGAAGAACAGGAGAAGGAGGAAAGGGUCCGAAGAGCUGCCAAGAGAGCAUUGCAGAUGGAAAAGAAAAGGAGAAAAAUGCACCAAAGACCUUAUUACUCAGAUUAUUCCCAAACGCGACUCUUUGUGCACAAUGUUGUCACAUCCAAGUAUUUUGACUUGGCUAUCGCUGGAGUAAUCGGUUUAAACGUAGUAACUAUGGCAAUCGAAUAUUACAGAAUGCCACCAGCUUUGCAGUACGCAUUGAAAAUAUUUAAUUAUUUUUUCACAGCUGUUUUUAUUCUUGAAGCGUUAAUGAAGCUUGUAGCAUUAGGUUUUAAAAUUUAUUUGAAAGACAAAUGGAAUCAGCUGGAUGUUAUAAUCGUGAUUCUAUCAAUUGUGGGAAUAGUAUUAGAAGAACUAGAAACAAAUAUAAUUCCAAUAAAUCCGACUAUAAUGAGAGUGAUGAGAGUAUUAAGAAUAGCGAGAGUUCUAAAGCUGUUAAAAAUGGCGAAGGGCAUAAGGGCCUUAUUGGACACAGUGAUGCAAGCUUUACCUCAAGUUGGAAACUUAGGUCUUUUGUUUUUUCUUUUAUUUUUUAUAUUUGCUGCUUUAGGUGUCGAACUUUUUGGAAGAUUGGAAUGUUCAGACGAAAUACCUUGUCAAGGACUAGGUGAGCAUGCCCAUUUCGCUAACUUCGGUAUGGCUUUCCUCACAUUAUUUCGGGUGGCUACUGGAGAUAAUUGGAAUGGAAUCAUGAAGGACACUCUUCGAGAAGAUUGUGACAGCUCUGUGGACUGUGUGCGAAAUUGUUGUGUUUCCACAAUAAUAGCACCUAUUUUUUUCGUCGUAUUUGUCUUGAUGGCACAAUUCGUCCUGGUCAAUGUUGUAGUUGCUGUACUGAUGAAACAUUUGGAAGAGUCACACAAGCAAAUGGAAGAUGAAAUAGACAUGGAUGUGGAACUUGAACGUGAAUUAGAAAGAGAAGCCGACGACGAGGAGGACAGAGCUCUGUGUAGAGCAUUGGAGCAGUGUACCUCACCUCCUCGACCGUUGAACAAGGUACCGUCCCUUCCAGCAAACUUCACGUACAGCGAACCGAAGCACCCGCAAGCACUGUCCCCUGCACGCAGAAGACGCACCAUGCACUCACACCAUGCUUUACUACCAGCGGCACUGCCACCGAGACGGGCAUCACUCUCUCCUCACGCCUUCGGUCGACGUCGACAGGAUUCAUCAUCGGAGCCACCGGCGGCACUCUAUGAAGAAGACGCAAGAUUCAUUGACGCUGAUGACAUCGAGGAAUUAGAACCUGGCAGUCCGCCUCACCGAGACUCAUUCGCACAAAACAGAAGGCAGCGCGUCGAUAAACGAAACUCCCUACGAGGCGAGGAGGCCAGACUACUGCGACCAGUACUACUCGCCGUACCAUCGACAAGACAAAACAUGAGGUCGUCCUCUAAAAUAAGAGCAUCCACCGAAUCGACCGUCGCAAACGAUGCUAGUCAAGCAUCGGCGCGCUCUCAAUUGCAACUUCCAGUAGAGACUACGGAAGAAGUGAUCAGUGAAGAAGAAAAGAUAAGAAUAGUGAUUGCCGAAAGACGUAAAAUGGAAGGAACUAGGCCUGAAAUUGAUGAUGUGGUGGAGCUGUCGGAGAGAGGCUCCUAG